AUGGCGUCUGCUGAUAUGAGACAGGAGCUGGUCUGUUCCAUCUGCCUGAGCAUUUAUACAGAUCCUGUAACCCUGAGAUGUGGCCACAACUUCUGCCGGGUCUGUAUUGAUCGUGUGCUGGAUACACAGGAGGGGGCUGGAGCUUAUACCUGUCCUGAGUGCAGAGCAGAGUGUCAGGAGCGUCCUGCACUGCAGAGGAACAUAACGCUGUGUAACAUAGUGGAGAGUUUCCUGUCUACUCGGCCAGAUCAGGAGGAGACUGGGAUCUUCUGCACUUACUGUGUGGACUCUCCUGUACCUGCUGCUAAAUCCUGUCUGCUGUGUGAGGCAUCUCUGUGUGAUAAACACCUGAGACUACACCAUACUUGCCUACCCUCCCGGAAUGCAAGUCACCAGAGCACGUCUUAUGUGAAUCCCACCACUGCCCUGGGGAACAGGAAAUGCUCCGUCCAUAAGAAGAUCCUGGAGUAUUACUGCACUGAGGACUCUGUCUGUAUUUGCGUGUCCUGCAGGCUGGAUGGAGAACAUCGGGGACACCUGGUGGAGAUGCUGGAUGAGGCCUCUGAGAAGAAGGAAGAGAAGCUGAGGAAUGUGCUGCAGAAACUGACCAGAAAGAGAGCGGAGGCUGAGAAAAGAGUGCAGAGUCUGCAGGAAAGCAGAAGAGAAGAUCAGGAAAUAGCAGCAGGUGUAAUAGAGACAGUCACUGCCCUGUUUAGAGACAUCAGGAGACAGCUGGAAGACCUGGAGAAGAGAGUCCUGAGUGAGAUCUCCAGGCAGGAACAGCGCGUUUCACUCUCAGUCUCUGAUCUGUUCCAGCAGCUGGAAAUAAAGAAGGACGAGCUGUCCGGGAAGAUGCGUCACAUUGAGGAGCUGUGUAACGUGUCUGAUCCAGUGACUGUCUUACAGGAACCAGACACAGGGGACUUGUGUGACACUGAGGACACAGAGAGACAUGAUACCCAGGUCCGUGGUGCAGGAGAUCUGGAUGUGGGUCUCAUCUCAGAGACAUUACACACAUUAUCUGAUAUAAUAACAGGUAUAAAUACAGGGAUCUAUGUGCAGGAGGAUACAGACAUAUUACUGGAUGUAGCCACAGCUGGUGAUACAGAGUCUGAUAUAAUGACAGGGAUAAAUAUAGGGAUCUAUGUGCAGGAGGCUACAGCCCUAUUACUGGAUGUAACCACAGCUAGUAAUAAUAUACAGAUAUCUGGUGACAGGAAAACUGCAUCCAGGUCACGUAUAAUCCAGAAUCACCCAGUAACACCAGAGAGAUUUCAGUGUGAUCAGGUAAUAAGCAGCAGGAGAUUCUCCUCAGGGAGACAUUACUGGGAGGUGGAUGUCAGUAAGUCAGUGGGGUGGAUGGUGGGGAUGUGUUACCCCAGUAUAGACAGGAGAGGAGAUCAGUUACACAUUGGAUUUAAUAACAAGUCCUGGUGUGUGUGUAGGUAUAAUAAUCAGUACUCAGUGAUACAUGACAAUAUAGUGAUCCAGUUACCUGACAAUAUCCCCUGUGACAGAGUGAGGGUAUAUCUGGAUUAUGAGGCAGGACAGAUAUCCUUCUAUUCUCUGUGUGACCCCAUCAGACACUUACACACCUACACUGCCGCCCUCACUGAGCCCCUCCAUGCUGCAUUAUGGGUAGGGGGCGGGUGUAUAACUAUAUGUGGGGGAGUCAGGAGCUGGGAGAAAUUACCAUAAAGAAUCUGCCCAGAGACUGGUGACAUCACAGGGAAGGGUAUAUGAUUGGGGGAACAUUCAGCCAAUAGAAUGAUGUAUUGGGUGUAGCUACAGCUGAGCCCCUCCCCCUGUGUAACCAUGUGACCAGUGUGUGGGUGUGUUCCCAUGUUGGUGUGUUAUGCUGGGUAUACACUGACAGACAUAUCACCCACCCAGCUGUGAUGUCAUCACCGACAUGUCUAACGGCCAAUUGGUCAGUCAGUAUACUGUAGCUUACCUUAUUGGCUGCUCUGUUGGUGUGAUGGUGUGUCAGCAGACAUGUCGCUGGGGUGUGUACCCAGCCUUAGAGAAUGUCACUAUAAAUAUAUACAUAUACAUCUCUGUGGGAUUUCUCCACCCCUGACUCACUGACAGCUGUGAUUGGCUGCAAUAUCUGUCUGUCAGCCAGUCAGUGCUACGCUUGCUCCUAUUGGCUGUAUUGGGAUGAUGUAUCCUCCUACUGGUAAUUGUAAUCCAAAACUAUGGGCCUGAUCCAUGUUUGUAUAUGUAGCCCUAGGAAAGGGUUAAUCCUAAAAUA